AAAAAAUAGCGCACAACCUCAACCUUCCCGGAGAAGUGAUUUUUUUGCAUUUUAGUUUACUCAGCCACUAAGUAAAAAGAGAGGACAAAUUUCAGCCGGGAAAGCGCUGGACUCGGAUCCCGAACUUGAUCGACGUCCGGCCAGUUCCUUCCUCUCCGUUUCUCUCCGUCACCUAGUCGCGCAGUGUCGGUGUCUCCAAAGCCUCUCUCUCUCUCUCACGCAGUCACACAGUGAUCUCCUUUUUGUUUGGAAGGAAAGAAACAUCGGGAUCCCCCAAUCGGGACGCUCUCCGUGCGACUUCUCUUCCCAGAUCUAAAUUCUACACAGAGAAAUGUAUGAUAAUCUCGGAACACAGCCAGGAGUACCAAGACCGGCUGUCAGCACACAACCAAAUCCAUUUGGGAAUGCCUUCUACGGUGCUGGAUCAGGACUUAUCAGAGGUGGAUUGGGUGCUUAUGGAGAGAGAUUUUUAGAUUCAAGCUCUGAGUAUGUCCAAAGCAAUAUAAGUAAAUAUUUCUCUGAUCCACAAUACUAUUUCCAAGUCAAUGAUCAGUAUGUACGAAACAAAUUGAAGGUUGUUCUUUUCCCAUUUCUGCACAGGGGCCAUUGGACAAGAAUUACCGAACCAGUAGGUGGUAGGCUAUCUUACAAGCCCCCAAUCUAUGAUAUAAAUGCUCCCGAUUUGUACAUUCCGUUCAUGGCCUUUGGUACUUAUGUUGUUCUAGCUGGAUUAUCAUUGGGAAUUCAUGGAAAGUUUAGGCCAGAAGCUCUAAACUGGCUGUUCAUUAAAGGAUUGUUGGGAUGGUUUAUGGAAGUUGCUCUACUGAAGAUGUCAUUGUUUUCGUUGGGAAGCGGGGAGGCACCUUUACUUGACAUCGUGGCUUACGCUGGAUAUACAUUCACAGGCCUGUCGUUGGCUGUCUUUGGGAAGUUAGUGUGGAGUUACUCAUACUACUUUGUGAUGCCAUGGAUAUGCUUAUGCACAGGAAUCUUUCUGGUGAAGACAAUGAAGAGAGUUCUGUUUGCAGAGGUUAGGACUUACGACUCAAGCAGGCAUCAUUACCUCUUGCUCUUCAUUGCAUUGGCGCAGUUCCCACUUCUCAUUUGGCUUGGGAACAUCAGUCUAAAUUGGCUUUUCUAAGAUGUAUCAGUUUGUGAGGGUAGUAUGGAAAUUGGAAAGUGUUGCUUCAAUGACAAUCUUCUAAAGUUUUGCAGUCAGUGUAUUUAGUUUAUAUAUCUCCGUGCUUAUAAGUUAUAACUACGUUGUGAUUUUUUGUCGCCCAACUCUUUUCCGUGGUAGGAGAAUGAUUUAACAUCAAAUUACUGAAGACUAUAGUGUCUAAUUUGCUAAGAAUUUUCUGCGAUAGACUUGAAUCAGAUAACAAUUCUUAGUUGGUUUCUAAGAGUGUCUUAUACACAUUACUGGCCAUUUAAAUUGUGUUCGGCGUUUUUAGGUUUUGGCUCAAAUAUGAAUGCACAGAACUUUUAUCCACAUUUAUGUGAAUUGGGUAAGUUUAAAAUAAAA